UUCCUUUCCGAACGUAUACGGAAAUUAACGACUCUAUGACGCCAAAAUGGUGGAUGCAGGUGCUUGGUAAACAAAAAACAAAAAUGUAACGAGAAAUACGAGAAAUAAAAGUACUUUAGUUUAAACGUAUCUGAUUACUUAAUGACAUAGAAAGAUACAGAAAAGAAAAUGACUUCUAAAAAGAUUGUUAGGAAGAAAGAGUUUGAACCUUUGUUGUUCAAGACAAAUUUAACCUUUCAUCCAGAAGAUAAAAAUGCAUCUAGGUCGAUCCAUUUCCCAGAUGAAGAUGACAUUAUGGAUGAUUUUGAAGAGGAAAUUUUGGAAAUAGAAGAGAGAAAGAGAAGACAGGUUUCCUUACUUUGGCAGGAUCUUCUUUUACUGACAUUUGAUUUUCUGCAGAUUUUUGCCUUACUACAAAGCAUGGCAUUAAGGUGGACUUGGUCGGGGAGCUGGAUAGCAAAGUCAUACUUCUUCUUCAUAUUCAACCUUGAUGUGUGGGAGUUCAUCAAGGUCUACAAAGAUGCUUAUGUCAGUACACAGAGUUACUACACUCCUAGUGCCACUGUACCAAUGAGUUUUUCUACAUUUGCCCUGGCUGGAGGGGGUUGUAUACUUUUCUUGAUUGGUAUAUUUGUUGCUGUCUACCUUGUAUUAUGGGUUAGGAAAGAUCGUCAGUUUCUAAGCAAGACAGCCUGGAUGAGAAGGAUAUACUUGAUAUUUGUCCAGCUUCUUACUUUACCUAUUGGUGUCAGCGUUGGACAUAUAUUCCAUUGUAAUGAAGAUAAGAAUGUGGAUGUUAUGAAUGACAUUGGUUGUUUCCAAGGAAGUCACUGGGGUUACCUUGUGUUUGGUAUAUUUUUUUACAUUGUUUUAUUUUUGGUUGUUCCAAUUUACAUAAUAUACAGAUCAAGAACUGAAGCAAUGGGAUCAUGUUCUAAACACCACGAGGCAUACUUACUUUUAAAGGAGACAGAAUAUAAGAUUGGUUUGAACAAAGUUUGGCUGCACAGUGAUAUUUACUUUUUCUCUUCAUUUCGUUACUGGGGUAUUUACUACAGAGCAAUAAUUCAGCUUGUUAAGUUGUCACUGGUUUUAGUGUUUAUAGCUGGAUUUCACAACGUAAAGGGGCAAGCAACAGCUGUCACGAUCCUGUUGUUUUUAUAUGCCCUGUUAUUUGUUAUUGUACGCCCAUUCAGGUUAAUAUGUUUUAAUAUAUUGUUGAUAAUGACUUUCUUAAGUCUUGGAGCAGCAGGAAUUAUUGGAACAUUAGAAACAUCGUAUAAUGCCUAUACUUUGGACAAUCCAUGGCUUCUUCCCCAGUACAGCCGAUGGUUGAUAAUGGUUACUAUCCUGGUAUGGCUUCUUACUUGGCUGUGUGUUACUAUGUACCUGAUUGUUAACCAGUGUCUAUACCGCUGUCACUGUAAACAUAUACCAAUAUGGCCAACAUUUUCAACAUCCACUGAUGGACAACUGAGCCAUGAAUCAAGGAAGUUUCUGAAAAUGUUCUUACAUGCAAAAAUACUACUGAAGAAGAUGUAUGAUUAUCCUGUAAUGUUUGCUCCCGUCCACACUCUCUCUAAACAGAUACAGAUAUUGAAUGCUUAUGUCAGAGAGGCAGAAUACUUAGGCGAUGCUCUACAUGGAACCAUGUUAGAUCUACUAGAUGAGAUCAUUGAAGUCCAUUCCAACAUGUGUCAGAAAUCUUUGUUUGCAGAAAGUGUUAAAGAUUCCAUUCGACAUACAGCCAAACAAUUCCUGACAGUGAUGCCAGCAUUUGCUAAGAGAUUAGCACAGAGAGAUUAUGAUUUUAUCUUGAUAAAUCCAAUGAAAAGAAGAAUGCUAUUGAAAAUGUAUUGCAUGGGGAUAUUCCUGAAUGGUAGAAGUGAAAGAGUUGCUAAACAGAAAGUACUUACCAAACCAGAGUUACAGAGGAUCUGGAAUGAACCAUCUAUGUUAGAAUUUCAAGAAGAAGAUGGUUAUUAUGAAGAUCUAUAUCCUGAUCCUGUGGAUAUGUCUGAUUCUGAUAGUGUUAACUUGUCAGUCUCAGAAUUUGAGGAAGAAGAUGAUUUCAUGGAUAUGCUUGGUCAGAUGCAUGAAAUUGAGGAGAUUAAUCUGAACAAUGCAAGAAUUGUAACAGAGAAGGCAAGACAAAAGAGUGCAGGUACACCUAGAAGUCAGUCUUCUUCUUCAGUUAGACCACCGUCUUCUUCCAGCCGACAGCAUUCCGCAACAUCUGUCAGGCCAUCAUCUGCUGCAAGUCAAAGGCAAGUGACUCCUGUGCCACCUUAUUCAAGGCCAGGAUCAGCUGGUUCCCUACAGCAGCCUGUUUCCCGUCCAAGUUCAUCACAGUUGAGACCAGGAUCAGGUACAUCUGGCAGAGGUGCUAAUAAUGCUGGUUUUGAAGACGAAAAAGUUUCACUUCCUGGAUCUAUUGACCAAAAUGAUGAUAAGCCAGGGAAAGAUAAUCCAACAUUUACAGUUGUUGAUGAAGAGAAUGAUGAGAAAGGGAGUCAACUAGAUAUUGUAAAAUCUGCUGGAGAAGUCCUUGACAUGAACCAAGGGACACCAGAAAAAGGAAAGAAGAAAAACAGAAAAAAGAAGAAGAAACAUCCUGGACCAGAUUCAGAGGCUUAAAUGACAUGUUAUUUUUCUUGUUAUUGAAUAUUUUAGUGGCUGGCCCACAUUUUAUUUUUAUAUUAUUUAUACUAAUAUAUAUUUAUAUUGAAAAGUUAUAGAUAACUUAAUUGUAUUAUAAGCAGCAAUGUGAUAUUCACCUUUCCGUCCACAAUUUUAUUAUCUUGCAUAUGAUCAAAAUUAUAGGUCACAUACAAAAUUUACUAAAUUAAUUUUGCUUCAUUUAUUGUUGACUACUUUUUGUAAUUAACAGUAAAAAUCAUUAUGGUACAAAACAAAAUAAAGGCAUGAUUUCCACAAUUUUACAAACAAACCUUUCCCUGUAAAUAGACUUUAUUACUUUAUAAAACAUUUCAGAUUAAAUUGAUAUCAUUUACCGAAAAAAUACAUAUGGCAGAAAAAAAUGUAAUUCUCUGUCAAUUUUGGAUUUCUUUGAAAUGUUUGAAUUGUAUAAUAUAUUGUAAUCAUAACUGAAUUUGGACUUUUUUUUACAAAAAGAUUUUUAAUUAUCAUUUUAAUUUUAGUGUUAUUAAUCUAUCUUUAUUGUAAAUCUUUAGUUUUAACAUGAAAGAGACCCACUUGUUUUUACAAGCACAGUAGUUAAUUUAACGCAUAACCACAUUGCCAACAUCACAUCAGUUAAAUAUUGUCUAGCUAACUUGUCUAGGUGAAUUUUAAUAUUAAUUAUCUUCCUUUUAAGAGUGUAAAGUAACAUGUAUUGAUACUAAUUAACAUCAUAUUUUUCAAAUCGUAAAAAAAAAAAUGACCACAGAAAAGAUUAACUUAAAAAAAGCAUUAGAUAAGAUAAGAUAAAUUUAUUUUAUUAAAGUGACACAUAUUGAUCUUGCACAAAAGUAAAAUAAUUACACAAGUACAAUCACAUAAAAAAGAGAUCAACACCCAGCAUAAAAAGACUUAUGAGACACUGGCAUAUAUGUUAAAUAAGAUUUGAAGUUCCCAAAAUUGUUGAUCUAUUAACUUAUCUUUUAAAUGAAAUGAGAAAUCUAUGAAGGAAUUCAAACAAGUAUUGUAGAUAACACAUUUCAGUGUAGUCUUUUGUCACAACCUUAUCAAUACUACUGAAAAUUCAGAAAUUACUGUGUGCAUUUAUUAUUUCGAUUUUUUCAUUUUAGACUUGAAUGCAAUUUUAACUUUUGCAAUAUUGAGAAAAAUCCUGUUUAAUUUAUAUAUAAAAAAAAAAAAAAAAAUGUAAGUUUAAAUUAUUGCAAUUAUAACCUUGUUGCAUUUUUCGCAAUAAUAAGAAGAUCACAAAGGCAUCAUAUUUGCAUGGAUAUAACCAUUCAUGACCUAAAAAUGUACAUGGUAGUAUAUAAGAUAAGGUAUAUCACAGUAUUACUGAUAAAAAAAAGUUGAUUAUUGUCCCCUACAUUUCUUUCCAAUUGAUAUUUCACAUUGAAAUAAUUCAAUAGUGUUUCCUUAUCUAAAACACUCACACAAACAUCAUACAGUUUUUUAUAGACAUGGAGAGUGAAAAAGUUUUAGCUUAAUGUUUUAUAGUUAUUUUUUGCAAACAAGAAACCUUUUAAAUGAAUAUACCAGAUAAAGCAUUUUUUAAUUUAAACUUUUACCUGUAAAGUUAUGUCAAUGUCAAGUAAUCAUGAUUUAAUCAAACAAAUUGUUACAAUAUUUCUUGAAUACUACUAUGCAAUAACAUUCUAAUCUAGAAUAUGCAAUACAUGUACACUUUUCAUAAUAAAAGUUCUUCCAUUAUUCAA